CUAAAACAAUGACGAGUCUUGAAUAAGAGAAAGCAUUGAAAGAACACAUACUUAGACCCAAAAGGAGACGAGGGAAGUCACGAACGAAGAAGAAAAUGAAUAAGAGAAAUGCAUUGCAUGGCUUAGCAAUUGUUCUUCCACUAGCCCCUCUCUCCGUGUACGCUUACAGAUUCCUGCAAGAGAAAACAAGCGCAGAUUGGAACUACGACGUGUUCUUGAGCUUCAGAGGCGAGGACACCCACACCGGCUUCACCGAUUUCCUCUACAACAGCCUGGUAGCUGCCGGGGUCCACGUGUUCAGGGACGACGACGCGCUCCCGGUCGGGGAGGAGAUAGGCCCGGAGCUCCUCCGGGCCAUCAGGACUUGUAGGAUUGCGAUCCCCAUCAUCUCCGAGCAGUAUGCGCAGAGCGAAUGGUGCCUCAAGGAGCUCACCGAGAUCAUGGAGUGCCACACCAAGCAUGGCAAAUCAGUCUUCCCCGUGUUCUAUAAGGUGGAUCUAUUUGACGUAGGUCACCAACGCGGUAGCUUUGGAAAGGCCCUAUGUGAACAUAGGAUGCGGUGCAGCCCAGAAGAACUGGCAAAAUGGAGCGCAGCGCUGACUUCUGUAGCGAGGAUUAGAGGAUGGUUAUCACAGACCAUUGCUAAUGGGCAUGAAGGAGACCUGGUGAAAAUGGUGGUCGCGAACGUUUCGAGUGAAUUGAAGACGACAUGGAUCAAACGGCUCCCCCUGUAUCCUAUAUUGAUGUCUAAUGACCACCUGAUCUUAUUGUAUCUUUACUUUUUGGAGAAGAAAAGAGAGAGUAAAUGGCAAGUGUUCUUGGCCUUUCGUAGCUCUGAUACUCGAUACGGCUUUGGUGUUUACCUUUACAUCAGCCUUGUGGCCGCAGGAAUCAGAGUGUUUAGUGAUCAUGAUCCGUCCCUUAUAGGUACAGAUGUUGCUCAUGAGAUUCUUAAUGCCUUCGACCACUGCAAGAUAUCCAUUCCGAUCCUCUCUGAAAAUUAUGCCUCCUCUCGUUGGUGCCUCGAUGAUCUAGCUGAGAUGGUCGAACGCAAGAGAACGAAAGGUCAAAAAGUGUUGCCUAUCUUCUAUAAAGUAAAGCCCUCGCACGUGCGAGACAUAUCGUAUCGUUUUAAAGCAGACAUGCUUCAACACAAGGAACCGUUCGAUGGAAUUACUUACGAGCGGUGGGAGCAAGCACCCAAGAAAGUUGGGUCCUUCAAAGGAUGGGAAUCAGAGAAAAUCGCCAAUGGGCAUGAAGGGAUACUUGUAAAACGGGUCGUCAAGGAGGUUUCGAGGAUGUUGAAGAAUCCCCAAACACUUGAUCCCACCAUGCCCGUCCAAUGAAUAUUGAUUAAUUCCUGGGGUCAGUAACAGCUCAUGUUUGGCAUAUGUGAUUCUCGUUUCAUAAGAGGAUUUCCUGGAUGAUCAAACGUGUCAUCAUUUGCAUUAAUAUUCUAAAGGCGGGCGACGAAUUCUUUUGGACCUAAGAAACAUGUUACGAGAGUCAUGUUAUGUAAUCUGUUUAAUAAACACGUCGUUGGUGGAUUCGGAUGUGACACGAAUGACGGAUGUCUCAUGUUCGGAUUUGACAAGUCUGAUCUGUUACAAAUAAGGAGAGGAUAUAAAAAGAAGCGUGAAUGAGAGCAGGCAAACCAAGGGAACGAAAGGAGGAGAGAAAAAUGUCCAAACAAUAGAAAGUCCAGUCAUCUUAAUUUGUUGUCUGAAGGUGCCAUAAGGGAGUUGCUAUUGAGAUGAAGUAAAAUGCAAUUGUCUGAAAUACAGAUUGCCUUCAAAUUAAGUCUAGGACAUCUUCCUUACUAUAACUAAUCGAAAACAAAAUGAGCAAAUGAAAAUGGGAGUGCAUUAACAUACCUUGAAAUAUACUACAAUGUACUCCAUCACUGGAAGAGAAUAUCUCAUUUCCUAGCUUUUUCAUCUUUCUUGAAACUAAGAUCUGAUCAUGCGCGCAUGGAAAAAGAAGCCAUGCUAACUUUGUUGAGAGGGAGGUUUUCAUAGGAAGAGAGAAGGCAUUCUCACUUAAGCAGCUUAUCAUUCACAAGAAAAGGUAAAAUACAGUUUCCCCAAGCCCACACGAGAGGUUAUUACACUGGUCAACGGAGAAGAGUUGCUGUCAAAAUUCAAUAAUCAACAGAGAGAAAGCACCUCCACUCCAGAACCAUCGCGCACACCCCUAUAUCACGCAAUGCCAGCUUUGAGCCUCGUCUACGUUGUCCCGCAUUUGGUUGUCCAGAAUUGGCAACUACUCCUGCCAAUUUAAACUUUUCAUUCAUGCAAAACCUGCAUUACCAAACCAUACUGGACAUUAGAUAUUCGAGACAGGUUUAGUUUCGAGGAGGCACGAUGUUGUCUCAAGCUAACGAUAACUAAUAUAUAGGCUAACUGAUAAAUCUGGCUGCUCAUGUUCUAUUACAAAUAUAUAGAGCACAAUCAACUUAUUUACUUCGGUCAUGGUUUGUCAUUGUACAUCCUCCAAGGCCCCAUUACAACUGCACCACAAGAUUGAUGAUUUGUUAGAGAUCAGAGGCACCAGUCGAUGCUUAUUGGACCAAACUAGGUAUGCAUGAACAAUAUUUAGUCAAGCGCCAGCCACCUCAGUUUCCUUCAGACUGCUCGUUGGAAGUUAAAUUACACAAAAUGAUGCACACGAAGACAUGAAGAAAGAAAGUAGAAAUCAUACUGUUGCUAUGAUGUUAGAACCAAUCUGCUCCUCUUGAUCUUCCAUCUUGCUCCUUAUCAGAAAGAUGUACAUAAGCUGCACCACCACCAGGUACUAUACGCUCGUCCAUCGCGGCAAAUGUGCCCUGCUUUGCGUCCUCUAUUCUAAGUUUCUGGAGUUCCAUCUCAGUGUGUGCUCCUGCAUAUUUGCCGGUGUUGCAAAACAUAUGUUGACAGAUGUUUGAGUAAUUACUUCAGAUUUGUGUGUCAUCUCUUUUAUGCAGGAGAAGCUUAUAUUGCAUUUCGGAUUUCUAUGCUUGUGUGAGAAUUAUUAGUUCUUGGCAUCACUACUAAUAAGGAAUCAAAUCAAAUGAUUGGCCUUUGGCUCUGGCCAUAAAUGGAUAGUUUCGAUUAGUUCCCUGAUCUAGAUCUAAGCUAUGGUUUACUAAUGGUGGUGAAAUUUCUGCCUUUUGUGCAUCUAUCUCAUUAGACC